CAAAAGGACAGUCAGGACAGGAUAGGGUCGAGCAAGGGCACGGCCUUCAACAUCGUCCGUCCGUCCCUCCAUCCACAGAUUCCACACAUCCAUGAUUUUGGGACCCGUUGGCGGGUACAUUAUCGCCAGUGUCCCCCGGGAGUCCCUCGUUGUUGUAACAUUGAAGCUACUGUACCAGAGGAACGAGCCCCCAUAUCCAUACCAUAGCCAUAGUUCAUCUACCUUACCUCACUUCACAUAACCUUGCUCCCUCUCGUCUUUGCCUCGCCUGCUCGCUCGCUCGCUUUGUCUCCCGUCAAUCGUCCGUUUAAUCUACUCAAUUUGGUGUUGGCACCACCUUGUCGGCAUUUCCGCCUCGUUGCUCGUACCUCUUCCGUCGUCUAUCUCCCAGGCCGUUGCUGCAAGCCUCAUCCCGGCCCUCCUCAUCCCGGCUUCCGUUUGACAGUGCUUCCUUGCAAACGACAUCAUAUCAGAACUCUGAUCUUUGCUCUGUACCUUACAUUCGAACCGCAUUGCAUUGCCUUGCCGCAACGACUGAGCGUGCAACUGACACCAACAACGAAACUCUGUCACCUCGCCUGCUCCUCGCUCCCGUUCUCAAGUAUAAAGACCUGUGGCCCUCCUCCCUCACUCAGCUGUUGAUGAAUCACGACGUCUUCCACAGCAACUCUGACACAUUGCCUACUCUACUACUUCAACUCUCACCUUUUACACCCAUAAAGGGACAGCUCUUAUCCUGUUGUUGCACAGCAUCAUCAACAUCUCACCGCACUCCGCCUUGAAAGCCCUCACGCUUCAUACAACAGCUAUCGUGAACAUAGCCGCAUCCAAUCAGGCCAUCAAAUCUUGUGAGAGGGUUCAAGAGACUCUCGACAGCAUCUACACCUUUACUGUACCACCCACAACACCGCCACAAUUCCCGACAAAAUGGCCAACGCUUGCGCCCACCAGUUCCGAAUGAUCAAGUCGGACAACACUCUUGUCCAGUGGAUCUGCCAGCACUGUCGGUCCGGUCCUCACUGGAUGAUCUGGGAGUGCACCUACUGCAAGCUUCACCUAUGCCGACCUUGCACGCAGUCUGCUUAACGGCUUGUGUGUACAUGCGCAAGUCACUUGGUGCCGAGACAGUGUUUGGCAGCCACAUGCGAAAAUGGGUGUGCAAGCUGCUUUGUUGUGCUUUCACC